UACUUGAUCAAAGAAAUAUCCUGCAAUGGCUAAAGCUGCUGUGAAAGGAGAGAAGGAACCGCCAAAUUUUGUGCAUCAUAAUGCAAUUCUCUGUGAAACUAUAAUGAAAGAACAGAGACAUCAAAUUCUAUACACAAAUUUCAGUGUAAAUCCGUACAAGAAAAUUCAUGCCUUAUCAGGAAAGCCAAAUUCUAAACAUGACACAGAAGAAGGGGAAGAAGACACACAUUUCAAGAAGGUGAUAGAACGAGCAAAUCAAGAGCCAGUGAAAAAAUAUGCCUUUCCUCAAACAGAAGCACAGGAGUAUGGAUGGAUAACUCAACCCCUGAUUGAUGCAGACAGAUCUGAUAAAAGGAUAAAUUUCUUCCGCCAGAACACUGCCAUCACAAAAUAUAUGGAUGCUGCAUGGCGAGUAAAGGAACAAACAGAGAACAUGAACUAAUGGUGCCUUAAUAUUUCAUUUCUGAAGAAGUUGAACAUCCGACUGGCACAGUGUUGUGAUUUGAGACACUUUGUUUGCAAUUCCAUCAAACACUUUAAUGAUAUACAUUUGGCAGUUUUCAUAUUUAGCAAUAUUUCUAAAUAAGAUGCCACACUUGUGUCUUAGGAUCAAAUUACCAUUAAUUAUUAUCUAAUUAAGUAACAAAAUUCAACAACGGUUGGAAAUAAUUAAGAUGUCAUCUAUUAAAAUUUCAAGAUUUAGUACACUAAUAAUAAUGUGCAAGUCUUUCCAAAUUUUGUUACCUAGAUUUAAAGAUUUUUUUCUGAAAAUGCCAAAGAUACACAAGGCAAAAGAAUUUUCAAAAUUACCCUAUAUUUUCAGAUGCAGUCCAUGGACCAUGACUAACCAAUGAAUAUUCAUUGAAACAUGACUGCUUGAGUUGAUCAAUCAAUAAAUAUUCAAUAGUAUUCCAUCAUACCUCAUUUUCUAUAUCUCGCCAAGUGAAGAGAAUACACAAAUCAGUUAUGUAGCAUUAUUGAAAUGGAUGAAUUGAAUAAGAUCAUGAAUGACUAUAAAAGAUAAAUUUUACACCCCUGCAUUAUUGUGAUAUGUAUCAUAGUUUCUAUAUUUUCUUGUUAUGUGAAUUUUCCUUUACAAUAACUCAUCUAAUAAAUAUUUAUA